AUGAUGCUGUUCAUCACUUAUUUAUUGUAUUUCAUUCUAUUCUAUGAAAUAAAUGGAUUACCACAAAUCAAUCUGGAUCUCACCGAUUGGACAAGUAAUAUUGAAAGUAAUAGUAGUCUACAACAUGAUUGUCUUCAUGUUGCUGCUUGGAUUGAAGAUGAAGAAACUGAUCCAUAUCAAAUUAUUUCAUAUUGUAUGAGUGAAUGGCCAUCACAAUGGAAUAUCGAAAAAAAUAACCAAGAUCAAUAUUUUACAUUUGCUCAACUUUAUCAACGAAAUAUUACUAGUGAACAGUUAUAUCUUUGGUCAACACCAUUAGAUAUCAUUGAAUAUUAUGAAUUAUAUUUAAAUCAACUAUUAGUUUCAAAUACAUCAGUAGUAAUGGCAAUAAAUGGAUUUUAUAAUUGUACACUACCUCGAUUCGGUCUCUUAUGUCAAUAUUCAUUAGAAAUGUAUCAAUCUGAUAAUUUAACAUUAAAUGAAAUGAUUCAUAAAUAUUAUUUACAUGAAUAUCAACCAACAACACUGACAUGUUACAUUCAUUUAGAAUGUGAUCGUGGUUCUAUAUUAUUAUGUCUUGAUUGGAGUGAAAUAUGUGAUGGUAUUGUUGAUUGUCGAAAUGGGAUUGAUGAAGAAGCUUGUUGGCAAUUAAAUAUCAAUCAAUGUGAAGAUAAUGAAUAUCGAUGUCGAAAUGAACAAUGUAUACAGAAGACAUUUGUUAACGAUAAUCCUAAUGUUUUUGAAUGUCUUGAUCGAUCAGAUGAGAGCCUUCCUUCUUUAUAUACUUAUAGAAAUAUGAGCAGUGAACCAACAUUUUCAUUAGAAGAUGUAACAUGUUCUGACCGUAAUAUGCAAUUCCGAAUCAAGAUGACAAGUUCAUGUGUUCUACAACGUACAGACUUAAUAGAAAAAUUAAUGUUCACUGACAAACCACAAAACGUAUCGGAUGAUUGUUGGUUAGCUAUUCAUUGUCACUGGAAUAUACAAAAAUUAUCAGAUUUAAUAUGUGAAAAUAUUUCUUUCAAUCGAACAUUUACAGAAAUAAUUGAUCAAACAUGUCCUGAUAUGAUUUAUAUACCAUCGACUCCAGUCCUAUUCGGACAUAUAUAUUUUUUAUAUACAAAAGAAGAUAUGUUGAAACCUGGUCUACUUCAUGUUAUACCAAAACCUGGAUAUCUCUGCUACAAUGAUCAACUUUGUAGUGGAUUCUAUUUCGAUCGAGCAUUAUUAACAUUCAAUAAUGCAACAUGUCGUCGUCCUGAAGAUUUUCCAGUAAAACUUGAUUCGUUUCUGUUCAGUCGAGCAGCGUGGAAUGGUAGGUAUGUUUUACCUUCAUUUACACAGCUUCGUCAAUGUAACACAGUGAAUUAUAAUGAACCUUUAAAUUGUAACACAUUAAAUAUGUAUAAAUGUCUUAACUCUUCAAAAUGUAUUUCCAAGAAUAUUCGUUGUAAUAAAAUCAACGAUUGUGAUUACAAAGAUGAUGAACAAUGUUCUUCAAUUGAUCGUUCGUGUUUGAAUUCUACAUUAAAUCAUCUAAUACAAUGUACUACACAAGAUCGUUGUAUUUCUUCAACAUUAAUUGACAAUGGAAUAUGUGAUUGUGGAUUUAAUGAAUAUGGUUUAUGUGAUGAAGAAGACGCAUCUAAACAUAACAUCAGAAAACAUAUUUCAUUUCCAACGAUUUGUGAUGGAUUUAUUGAACUAAUACGAGUUGAAAUUGACGAACGAAAUGAAACUGAUGAGACUGAAUGUGAACAUUGGAUAUGUAAUAAUACAUAUACGCGAUGUGAUGGAUUUUGGAAUUGUUUAAACGGUGCCGAUGAAGUAGAUUGUGAUCCAUCACCAGCAUUAACAUGUCCACUUGAUCACCAUAUAUGUGUCUCACCUGAAACAUAUCAGCUGAUGUGUUUACCACUUAAACAAGCUAAUGAUAGUAAUAUAGAUUGUCUUGGUGGUACUGAUGAACCUCAGCUAUGUCGAUUGGAUGAUUAUUUAUACAACGAUGAUACUAUUUAUUGUAGAAAAGAUGAAAAGAAUCAGUGUAUUAUGUUCAGUCAGUUUUGUGAUGAUUCAGUAUGUAACGAAGCUAAUUAUGAAUUUUGUGAGAAAACUUGGAACUAUACUUGGUCUGAUGAUAUAUGUUCUAAUGAAUUUGAUACUACUCGUUCUGAUAUGGACAAUUUUUUUUGUCAACGUAAAAGCGAUAGGAAGAAAUUACCUGUGAAAAACUUUUCACUGGGCAGAAUGAACAAUUUCGUAAAAAAAAAUACAACAAUCAUAAAACUACCCUUACCUGUUACUCAAGAAAUCAUUCGUCAACAACAACGUUGUCAUCGUGGUUUACUUGUACGAGUUUGGCUAGAUUAUGUAAAAAACUUAACUACUGAAACAUGUUUAUGUCCACCUAGUUUUUAUGGAAAUAUGUGUCAAUAUCAAAAUCAACGGAUUAGUCUUACUUUACGAUUUCAAACAUAUGCUGAUUCUCGACGAAUUCUAUUUGCUAUUGUGGUCUUACUGAUCGAUAAUAGUGAUGAUCGAUUGAUUUAUUCACAUCAACAAUUUAGUUAUUUAUAUAUUCGAGAUUGUCAAAUUAAAUUCAAUAUGUAUUUAGUCUAUUCAACUCGACCAAAAGAUGAAAAUAAAAAUUAUUCCAUUCAUAUCGAUGUGUAUGAAAAGAUUUCUCUCGCAUAUCGAAGAAGUUUCUUAAUACCAAUUCAAUUUUCAUUUCUACCUGUACAUCGUCUCGCUGUACAACUGAAUAUUCCACGUACAACCGAUACAAUCGAACGUUGUGUAAAUCAACAUUGUAUUUAUGGCCAAUGUAUGAAAUAUUCAGAUCAUCGAAAUGGUACUACAUUUUGUCAAUGUAAUCAAGGCUGGUCUGGGCGAUAUUGUAACAUUACACAUCAUUGUACAUGUUCACAUGAUUCAUUAUGCAUUGGUAUUUUACCAAACAAUCGAUCUUUAUGUGUUUGCCCUUUUAAUAAAUGGGGUUCUCAAUGUUUAUUUCAAAGCCGAGCAUGUAAUUUAGAUCAAAACCUAACAUGUCUGAAUGGUGGUGAAUGCGUGCCAACUGAUGAACAUGUUGUAUCUAAUAAAAAAUUCAAAUGUAUCUGUCAAAAAGGUUUUAGUGGAGUAAGAUGUGAAAUAAUUAAUAAUGAAAUUAAUCUAUCAUUUCAUGAAAAUAUUAAAUUAUCUCAAUCAAUACUUGUUCAUUUUAUUGAAGUAUUUGAUGAUGCUGCUCCAAUCAAUGGUAGUACAUUUCAAAUGAUCCCUGUUAAUAAAAGAACAGUGACACUUUAUUGGCCAUAUCCAUUUCAUAUUGCGUUUGCUGAACUUGAUAAUAAAAAUUAUUAUAUAAUCCUGGUUCAAAAUAUGUAUCAUCGAUCAAGAAAAAUUAAUCAAGAAAUUCAAUCAAAAGAUCGUUGUCGACAUAUCAAUGAAAUAUUUAAACAAACUCUUGUUCAAUAUCAUCCUCUUCGUCGUAUUAAACAUUAUCACGAACCAUGUAACAUGUCUUCAUUCAAUCUUUCUUGUUUUUAUGAUGAUAAUCUUUUCUGUUUAUGUAAUUAUUUUGGACAACAACGUAUAGCCAAUUGUUUUGAAUUUGAUUCGAAGAAAAAGUUCGAUUGUUUUGGUCAAAGUAAUUGUCAGAAUGAAGCAAAAUGUUUACAGGAUAGAUCUCAAUGUCCACAAACAUCAAUAUGUGUUUGUCGUCCAUGUUUUUACGGGGCAUUAUGUCAAUUUAGUGCACAUGGAUUUGGUCUUUCUCUUGAUGAUAUUUUAGGUUAUCAAAUUCAACCACAUAUCACAAUUAACAAUCAACCAUUUGUUAUACAAUUAAGUAUAAUAUUAACAAUGAUUAUAACAAUUAUUGGAUUAAUUAAUAGUAUUCUAUCAUUUAUAACAUUUAAUAAUAAUGAAAUAUGUCAAACUGGUUGUGGAAUUUACUUACUAAAUAUAUCAAUUAUUACUCUAUUUACAAUGAUAUUAUUUGCAUUAAAAUUUUGGAUACUUCUUAUUGCACAAAUGACAUAUAUUACAAAUGAUUUAUUUUUAAAAAUACAAUGUAUUUCAAUAGAUUUUUUAUUACAAAUUGGUAUUAAUAUGAAUCGAUGGUUAUCAACAUGUGUAGCUAUUGAACGAGUAAUUUGUGUAAUUAAAGGAACUAAUUUUGAUAAGAAUAAAAGUAAAAAACUGGCUAAAUUUAUUAUUAUUCUUCUUUUUAUUUUUAAUAUUUCAACAAAUCUUCAUGAUCCGAUUCAUCGACAUUUGAUAGAAGAUAAUGAUAAUGAAAAAAGAAUUUGGUGUAUUAUUACUUAUUCAUCAACAUUAAGAACAUAUAAUACAAUAAUGAAUCUAUGUCAUUUCUUCAUUCCAUUUAUUAUUAAUUUAAUUUCUGGUCCAUUUAUUAUUCUAGUAACAGCUCGACAACGAAAAAUUAUUCGAAUUCAAGAAAGUUAUCGAAAUAUAUUAAAUAAACAGAUUCAAGAACAUAAACAUCUAUUGAUAUCUUCAAUUAGUUUAAUUCUAUUGGCUAUACCACAUUUAAUCAUUUCUUUUGUAUCAGGUUGUAUGAAUUCAAUCAGCAAACCUUUGCUAUUUUUAAUUGGAUAUUUUAUUUCAUUCAUUCCAUCGAUAUUAACUUUUCUUGUCUUUGUUACUCCAUCAACAUCAUAUAAACAACAAUUUUUAAAGACAUAUGAACGAUAUAAACGAACGAUACAAAGACGAUUACAUCUUGUUUUAUAA